AUGUGUGUACCCCUUGCGACAGCCAGAGCCUCAGCGAUUGGCUGCGGGCGCAUGGGUGGCGCAUCAGCAACCCGCUCCCCGACCCCGCAUUCCGGGAGCAGUAUUGAUAACGCUGCUGCUGCUGCCGCUGCUGCGGCCAGUGCAAGCAGGCCCGUCACCGACUCACUAUCAGCCGACUCGAUACCAGCAGAGGCCAACGCGACUUUCUUGCGCGUGCUGCAGCAGCAAGGCGACUACGCGUGUGCGCUGUGGGUGCGCAACGUGUGCUACGCCUUCAACCCGCUCUUCCACUCCGUGCCCGUCGCCAACCACGAGGUCGAAAAGAUCAUGCUGCGCGAGCGAAUCACGGACCGCCACGUGGGCGUGUGGUUCUGGAAGGACCCCAGGUACGACCUGUCCCGGUUGAACCUGUCUGAGAACAUCUGCACGGGGAAAUCAGCUCUCCCACCGCUGAAAAAGGAGCACUUCUCGAGUGCGGACGUGCGGGAUUUGCCGGAGCUGAGUGGGCGUGUGGGGCCGUUUGUUCAUGCCAGUGAUGCUGAGCUCUUCUUUCUUCACGGCCGCCCUCCUGCUGACACCAGCGGCAGCAGCAGCAGCAGCAGCAGCAGCAGCAGCAGCAGCAGCAGCAGCAGCAGCAGCAGCAGCACGAUUACUAGCAGCAGCAGUGGUGGUGGUUUCUCGAGUAGUGCGUUCACGACCAACAACAUGUCGUUUGCCAUAUCAGCGGAGCGGCCAGAGCAGUGGCGGGGCGUGGGCGUGGUGUCGCUGCGGGACGGCCACCUGGGGCACUUCGUGGAGUUCAUAGGCGCCAUGACUGAGCUGGCUAGACACCUGCCCACUGGUGUGACGGAUAGGGACGUGCCAGGAUCGCAACAGGCAGCGGCAGGCGCAGAAGUGCCAGGCAGGGAGGAGGGGGACAGGAUUGACGUGCACCCAGUGCUCUUCUUCCCAAGUGGUGCGGGAAUAUCAAGAUGGGUGGCAGCAGCAGGUUCGGUUGCCAUGCGCGGCCCUCAAGCCAUGCGGGACUAUCAGUUUCAAGGCAUGAGAGUCCCCCAAACCUUGCGGGAGCAUCAAGGCACGAAAGACCACACAGGCAUGCGAGGGCUGAAGGGCACGAGGCAGCAGAAGAAGCAGGGGGAUGUAGACGCAGCAGGGGCAGCAGAGGCAGCAGGGGCGGCAGAGGCAGCAGGGCGAGAAGCAGUUACAGCAGCAGGGGCCGCAGUGGCAGCAGAAUCACCGCCAGCAGUGGAGGCAGGGCGGGUGUGGACGCACACGACGUGCUUCCAGGACUUGUUCUUCCCGCUCUCCAUCGCCCACGCGCCCUCCUCCGCUGACCUCUUCCGCCUCUGGGUCGCGCAGGGCGCCGGGCUUGGCGAGACGCUUAAAGCCCAGCAGGCUGAUCCGAGGGUUUGGACGGAUGAGAUUGAACGGGUGGGAGGGGGGGGUGGACGGAGAGGGGAGCGUGGGGCAGGGGGUGAAAGAGAAGGGGGAGGGAGACGGGGAGGUGGAGGGGGUGGGGGAUUGCGGAGGGGUGGUGUGAAGGAUGCACUGCAGGUAGACACGCGAAACCAGAGCAUGGCAAGCACAAGAUACCCUCCUCUCAGGCGUCUUAAAGCGGAGAGCGCAGAUGGGAGCAGCAGAGAGCUGCAGCAACAGCAGCGGCGGCGGCAGCAGCAGCCGGGGCGUGGGGAGAGUGGGAUUCGGGCAGCAGGCAGGAGGGUGGCGUGGCAGAUAACGGUGGUGGAGCGCAGGGGCGUGCGCAGCAUCAGCAACUUUCGCCCCAUGGUGGGCCUGCUCAGGGCCGUGUUUCCCCGCCUGCCUGUGAAGGUCGUCUCUCUGGAGGCCAUGCCGUUUGUCGCCCAGGUGCGGGCGAUGCACCGGACGGCGUUGCUUGUCUCGAUGCACGGGGCGUCCAUGGCCAAUGUGGUGCUGCUGCAGAAAGGGGCGGCAGCACUUGAGAUCAUGCCAUACAUGUGGCACUAUGGCGCGUACAAGCGCAUUGCCCUGCGGUGGGGAGUGCACUACUACAUGUGGCGCAACGAGCAUCGCAACCUCUCCAUCUACACCGACAACUGCCUCGACGCCAACGGCUUCAGCCAAUGGCAGCCCGCCAAGUGUCACACGGUCACGGCCUGCAGGGCGUGCAUUCGAGAUAAGGUGGUCACGGAGGUGCACCUGGGGGAGCUAAGAUCUGCUCUGCUGGUUGCCAAGGAGGUGGUUGACCAAUGGGAGCUUAGGAGGGGGCGAUCCUUUGUAGAGCUGUCUGAUGAAUUGACUGCAGAUGGGUAG